CUCUCAGUUAAACUUCACAUUAGUACUAUGGAGAAUCCUGAAGGAAGGAGAGAUAUAGCCAUAACCGAUGGAGUGAGGCCGACUAGUUCCUCGGUUGUGGAAGCAACGGUAGCAGCAGUGGCAGUGGUCGGGCCGCUCUUUGGUCUGAUGAGUUUUAGCCUCGUAGCGACGGUAACUCUGUUUCUGAUCGUUUCUCCACUGAUGCUGAUAUUUGCUCCGGUUUUCGCUGGGACGGUGGCGAUUCUUGUGGCGGCAAUGGUUGGUGUUGGGGUGGCUGCAGCCUUAUGGUUGGUGGGAAUAGCCUCUCUGGUUUGUUGUGCGAAAGAGAUUGGUGUUGGAACCGGAGUUGCUGAGAGGAUGGUUGAGUCGGUGGUGAGAGAGUUAGGUUAUGGUCGAAGUCGUUACCUCCGAGAGAAGUCAGAUUCUUCUUCUUCUCGGGCUUACUCUUCUGACUAGUUCAAACUUGGAAAAGGCAUCUUUCCUAUUCAUGGGAAUUUCAAGUGAAUAAAGAGAAUCCUUAGAAUGAUAUGGCUCUGAUAAGAAAACAAAAUUAAGUCGAAUUUUUAGAGAGAUACAAUUUGUAAAAUCCUCCCAAGAAAAUUUUGUAAUGCUAUAUCAUUUUUUCUUUUU